UUGUCAAAGUUGUGAAAAUAAAAACAAACAAGGAAGUGUUUUCUUGGUGUUUUUCGUGGAAAUUUCGUUAGAAAAUGCCCGAUGAUGAGUAUUCUCACGUGUCCAGGGGGAAACUGAAACUCAAGACGGACGGGGAGAUAAAAAAGAAGAAGAAAAAGAAGAAGGACAAGGAGAAAUUGAAGGAAAAACUGCAGACUGCAGCCAUUGAGGAUGUUACUGCGGCAGGAAAUCCUUCCGGAACCACCCAGAGAGUACUGACCAAGGCUGAGCUGUCCUUCAAGCAGAUGCAGGAGAAGACGCAAAACAAGAGGAUUCUGGAAAAAGCCUCUAUGACUCACAAGGAGCGAGUGGAAAAGUUCAAUCAGCACCUGGAUUCCCUCACGGAGCACUUCGACAUCCCCAAAGUCUCAUGGACAAAGUAGUCCACCUACAAAUCUAUUUAUUUUAUUCUCUCUGUAUUCAUCUGUGUAUAAAUUACAAAUAUUUUAUCCUUGGAACCA